UCGUCAAGACGUACUMCAGUGUUAUUCUGUCGAAGUGUCGACUUCAGUUGAUCAUGUAAUAUCAUAUUGUGACGUACCUACGCUACCUACUUAAUACAAAAAACGAAUUGCGUUGUCUACAUAGUAAAUACGAUGCGCGGACUCGUUUCAAAGAAGUAUAUAAAAUMAAUCGCAGUCCUUGGCUAAUCWUUAGUAKUUCAGGUGAAUUCACCACAACCAGUGAAAGAAUGAACACUUCCAGAGCCAUGGACAACCCCGGAGCUGCAGAAAACACGAUGAUGGAGAAUGAUCUCAAUUCAGUGGAGAAAAAUAAACAAGAUAGAAUGGAUAACUCGAAUUCUCUCGAACCAGUUAAGAUUGAAAUAUUAUGGGGAAUCGUAAUAUUUUUUGUUUUUUGUCAUCUGUCAGCUAUUUACGGAUUAUACUUAGCAUUUACAUCAACUAAAUUACUCACAUCAUUUUAUGGUAUGUUUAUAUUAUAUGUUUAA